AUGGCAUUGCAAAAACAGAAAUGUCGGCGACUGUCGCAACACGAGUUCCAAUCCGCAGCAUCGACGAGACAUAUUGAGCGACAAGAGCGCCUGCGCAAGCAAAACAACGAGCUCGGAAUCUCUCUUUCUGAACUGUUCCUCGGCCUGGCCAUUAAGCGCACUUCUGCGAGCGAAGUCGAGAUCGGACUAGCCUGCCACGAUGGCACGUACAACGUCGAUUUUGCCGUCCACACCCUCAACGAAGCCGGACAUGUAGCACGGCCUCAGGCGGUGACGAUCGCCGAGUACAUCAUCGGCACCAUGCGCGACUACGCGGUCCAGCACUCGUGCAAAUUCCUUGGCGCGGGACUCACGAGCGACGUCCUGGAGGUGUGUCCAGAUGUAUUGUCCCGACUCUGGUUGGAGCUGGACAUCGUACCGAUACUGGUCACGCUGGGAGAAGGGGAUGGCGGCGUGACAGGAGGGCAGAGCAACAGGAUGAUGGGGGCAGGUGUAGAUGAGCUUGCCGACUCGAUGGCUCGGAAGUGUCUGGCACUGUAUGGCCCGUCCAACCAGCCCCGUCUCGCUGUCGGCUUCAGCAACAAAGUGGACGUUGAUGUUGCCAAUCGGGCCCGAUUGACCUCACUCCGGGAUUAUCAACGUACAGUGGACGACCACACGUGGCAUACAGCGCUGCACUAUGCCCAAGCAUUGAAGCAGAGCAACACCAAGAUCGCCUUCUUCUCCGCCACGCCACAGGGUGGAGGUGUAGCCUUGAUGAGACAUGCCCUGAUCCGCUUUCUCCGCUUGCUCGGCAUCGACUGCUCGUGGUGGGUUCCCAAGCCCAGGCCGGAGGUGUUUCGCAUUACAAAGACGAAUCACAACAUUCUGCAAGGCGUCGCCGCACCCGACGAACGUCUCUCCAAGGAACAGGGAAACGCCAUUCACGAGUGGACACAGGACAAUGCAAACCGAUAUUGGACUCGCACCGGUGGUCCCUUGCGACCGAGCUCGGAAGGGGGUGCAGACGUGAUCAUCGUCGAUGAUCCACAGAUGCCAAACAUCAUCGACAUCUCCAAAGCUCUCGAGCCCACCCGUCCCGUGAUCUUUCGCUCCCACAUUCAAGUACGAGCCGAUCUUGCGGACCGGUCGGACAAACCUACAGCAGAAGUAUGGGAGUGGCUAUGGUCGAGUGUCAAGCACGCCGAUCUCUUCGUUGCCCAUCCCGUCAGCACAUUUGUCCCCAGCUGCGUCGAAAAGAAGAAGCUCGCAUAUAUGCCAGCGACCACAGAUUGGCUGGAUGGGUUGAACAAAGACUUGAGCGACUUCGACACUGCAUAUUACAUCCAUGAAUUCAACACUGUGUGUAUGGCUCAGCGCAUGAACACGUUGGCCUACCCGAAACGAGAGUAUAUCGUGCAGAUUGCCCGCUUCGAUCCUGCAAAAGGCAUACCAGAUGUGCUCGCCAGCUAUGCCGAGUUUCGCCGCCACUCCGCAUACUGCAAGGACAGGGCGCCCGAUGAAACGCCCCAGCUCGUCGUCGCGGGCCACUACAGCGUCGACGAUCCCGAUGGAGUCCGGGUAUUGGAUGAAACGUUGGAUCGGCUGGACAACGAGUACCGCGACAUCAAAGACAGCGUCAUCCUCAUGCGUCUCGGACCGACAGAUCAACUCCUCAACGCGCUGCUCUCCAACGCCCGGGUCGCAUUACAGCUUUCCACGCGCGAAGGCUUCGAAGUCAAGGUCUCGGAAGCUCUGCACAAAGGCGUUCCCGUCAUCACCACCCGAGCCGGCGGCAUACCAUUACAAGUACAGCACGAGAAGUCCGGCUUCACAGUGGAGACGGGCGACUGGAAAUCUGUGGCCCACUAUCUGGAUCUGCUCUUCAGCGACGAGGCGCGUUACAGGGAGAUGAGCGCGUUUGCUGCCUCGCAUGUCAGCGACGAAGUGGGCACGGUCGGAAAUGCUGUCAACUGGAUGUUUCUCGCGCAUCAGCUGUCUCAAGGUCAGAAGUUGCAGCCGAAUGGUAGGUGGAUUUGGGAUUUGGCGAGAGAGGAGGCUGGAGAGCCUAUUCUGGAUGAGGAAGUGAUCUUGCCCCGACACAUGACCACUUAG